GUGCUAGAAGUUCUAGUAGAACUUCAGCGCUGCUGCUUGCUUCCAUCAUGCAUGCAUUUCGCACACCCAACGCAUAUGCGGCAUAUACUCUCACGAAGCCAAGUCCUAUCUUGUCUGUGAGUAUCCUACUAGUAGUUGAGUUGCGGGGCGUGAGAUGGUAAAAAUGGCGGCCAAAAGGCUCCUGCUUUCAUCUGUGCUCGUUUAUAUCCUCCUCUGUGCAUCGCCGCUCGUUGUCUUAUCUGCCAAGAAGACAGCGCCGGCAAACAAGAGCGAUGUUAAGUAUAUCCGGUGUGAUGUCUGUGAGCUCAUGGCGAAGAACCUUCUAAAGGACGUAAAGAAGCAACGAGAGGCCACUGCUCCAAAGAAACUAUCUGAGUACUCAAUCAUUGAGAUUGUUGAGAAGAUCUGCAACCCGGACCGGUUAGAAGGGGAGUGGAUUGCGAAGCAGGACAUUGUGGAGGACGGGACGAAAUUGAAAUUAGUGGAGCAAGAAGCAGUGGGCGAGUGCGGUACGGAGUGUCGAACGAUAGCGAGGGCCUGCGAGGAGGUCAUCGGAGACUCAGACACGGACGUUGCGGAGGCCCUGUUCAGGGAGUCAACAAAGCGGGCGCAGCUUUCUAAGCUGCUGUGCUACGAGCUCAGCGGGGCCUGUAAACGCAAACCACCGCCGGUCCCGAAGGACCGGCCAGCUGGGGAGGAGUUCCAACCGAAGGACUCCAAAGACUUGGAGGUGGAGCGGCUGAUGCAAGAAAUGCAGGGCAUGGGCGGCAUGGGCGGCGGCAUGGAGAUGUUUAAGCGUGACGAGAUGAUGAAGAAGAUGGGCAUGGGGGCCGGGGACGACGAUGAUGAGGAUGACGACGAGGAUGAAGACUUCACGUCGCCCAUGAAGGAGCACUUUGCCGAGGACGACGCAAAGAACGGCUUGAAGUUCGACAAGAAGAGCGCCGAGGACGCCAAAAGCGCACCUAAGGACGCGGCCAGCGGUUCGACGCUAGCGGACCUGACCGACUCGGCGAAGGAGGUGUUCGAUACCGCGUCGUCGAAAGCCAAGGAGGCCCUUGACUCUGCCGUAGAAGUCGGGAAAAGCGCAGCGGAUGCGCUGACGAAGCAGGCGCACCAGGCAGCAGAAGUGAUUGGGGAGAAGGCGGGUCAAGUGGGGGAGUAUAUCAGUGAUUGGGUGUCGUCGUUGCAGGGUAAGAAGGAUGAAGCCAAGUCGGCGGAGCUCUGAGAAGGGGACUCGGCGGGACUUGGUGUGUUUCUUAACUCUGCACUGAGGCUACAUUGCGCGUGAUCUGAAUGAAGGCAGUUGACCUUCUGAGAAACUUGAUUCGAUACACGCACAGAAACUGGCCAGCUAACUAGCCAGCUGACUGAAGCAUGUUCAAAGAAUAGCAAAUUCUUCGUUGCGCACUCUAGAUUGACGCUUGGAAGCUGACUUACGUGUCGGGUGCGUGCUAAUCACAAUUCAUAACCUGACCUCCUUUGCGAAGUGGACUUGUUACUACAUGCGAGGUGAUCUUUGCAAGAUUUGAGCUCCCGGGCCCGCUCCUCCGUGAACAAGUGAAUUGGUGCUUAUAUUGCAAGUACAUCUGCC